UGAAAGUCGACUCCCUAUAUAAAGGGUGGUUUUCCUCGAAUACAACACAAACCGAUUUAAUUUAGCAAACGAGACUCGGCACACAGUCGGUCAACAUGAAGACCUUGAUUUGCUUGAUGCUGAUUUCCGCGGCAUAUGCCGGUGAGAAAGCAGAAGAGAAUGUGGAAGAAAAGGCAAUUAAAAAGCGUGGUCUAUUGGGUCUUGGAUUGGGAUACGGAGGAGGUUACGGGGGUGGUCAUGGGUACGAAGGUGGUCACUCCGUUGCAAUUGCUACCGUUCCGGUUGAAGUACCAAAGCCUUACCCGGUUGCUGUUGACAGACCUUAUCCAGUGAAGGUGCCAGUUCCUGUCCCACACCCAGUGCCAGUUGCCGUUCCCGUUGACAGACCUUAUCCAGUUGUUCAGACCAAGACCGUAACGGUUCCAGUUGACAGGCCUUAUCCCGUCUCUGUCCCUGUUAAGGUACCAGUACCUGUACCUGCACCUUAUCCAGUCAAGGUACCAGUAGCUCAUCCAGUACCAGUCCCAGUAGCUCAUCCAGUUCCAGUUGCGGUUCCACAACCUGUCGUCGUCAAAGAAACGGUUCCCGUUCUUCUUAAGGGCGGUUAUGGUCAUUUAUAGAUGAAAUUUUUUCCUCCUUUUCUAUCUUCGUCUAUUCCAUCUUCCAAAACUCCUUGCCUAACACCCAACAUCGCAAAACAUCGUGACGAGCGCAAACCAAAAAAAAACAUCCUUCCGCUCCCCUUCUCUCUCUUUCUUACCCUAGUACUUAAACUUCA